AUGGAAAGAUAUUUAUCUGAUGAAACUAACUUACUUAGUUAUGCUAAUAAAUUGAAAGAAUUUGAAAGGAAAGAUUUUCAUUGGUUUAGUGUUUUAGAUGGAACAGAAAUAGAGCCAGAAAGUGUUGAUCCAAAUCAAAUUAAAAAUGACACAAACUAA